AUUCCCCCCUGCCCACCGUCACGAUAUCCUAGUAAAUAUGUCAAAAUCCCUACGCCUCGCCAUGAGUUUAUCACGUUCAUAUCCAUGGGUAGCCAACCCCUUCAUUGUCAGCGCGCCAAUGCGCGUGAUGUCAGGUCCCGCCCUGGCUGUCGCCGUAUCGCGCGCCGGCGGCCUAGGCUUCCUCGGACCGGCUGUUAAAACACAAGAUAUGCUCGUCGACCUUGAGAAGGUGUCAACCCUUGUAGAGGAUGCCCGUAAGUCCUCGUCCGCCUUCUCAUCGUCUACCAACGUUCUGCCCGUUGGCGUCGGGUUCCAGCUCUGGAGCGAUGACCUCGCCACUGCCGUCUCCGGUAUCCAGAAGUUCAAACCCUGCGCUGCAUGGCUCUUUGCCCCGAAGGGUGGUCAAGAAGAUUACGACCAGUGGUCGCGCAGCAUCCGCGACGCGUCAUCGCAGACCCAGAUCUGGAUACAGAUCGGGACGCUAGCAGAGGCAAAGGGACUCUUGAAGGGAUCCGAGCGGCCCGAUGUAAUUGUUGUUCAGGGAUCAGAAGCCGGAGGUCAUGGUCGACACAAGGAUGGGCUCGGACUGAUGACGCUACUCCCGGAAGUCGUCGACGCCUUGGCUGGCAGUCAGAUUCCGAUCCUUGCGGCUGGAGGCAUUGCCGACGGACGAGGAGCCGCGGCGGCACUUUGUCUAGGCGCUGAUGGUAUUGUCAUGGGAACGCGGUUUUUGGCCUCUGAGGAGGCGCGUAUUAGCAAGGGGUACCAGGGUGAAAUUUUGCGAGCUACCGAUGGUGCAGCCUCCACCACGCGGACAUUGCUUUACAAUCAUCUUCGUGGCACCAUGGGCUGGCCUGAGCCGUAUAUGCCGCGUACUAUCAUCAACAAGAGUUUCAUUGAGCACCAGGCUGGCCGGUCGUUUGAUGAGUUGAAGGUGGAGCAUGAUCUGGCGCUGAAGGCUGGUGAUGCUGGCUGGGGUCCGGAGGGAAGGCUGGCUACUUAUGCUGGUGCGUCUAUUGGGUUGAUUCAUAAUGUCAAGGAUGCUGCGACUAUCGUGCAUGAUGUCCAAGAGCAGGUACUCAAGCGGCUGGGUCCUGACGGAAAGUCUAAGAUUUAAUUUAGACGCGAUGUAGAUUACGGUUUUAUUGUUUAAAAAUGUCCAACUAAUGAAUUA